UAAUAACAGAGUGAAGAGUGAAGACUGUUCGGAGUUAAAAUAGAGGAAUAAAAUCGUCUCUUCGUUUUCGUUUGAUCAAAUUGAAUCUUUUUCAUCUCUUCAUUCUGCUUAUAGAUUAGUGGAAAAAUAAACAGCAGCAAAAGACUUUUUUAUGCCACCGGCGCCACUGCACAAAGCAUCUUCCGUCGCAACCCACCUCAUCAACAAAUGCGCCGCCACGACCUCUCUCCGGGAAGCACGGCAACUCCACGCCCUCCUCCUCACCACCCCACCCACCCCGACGGAAUCCCCAUUAUUCAUAAACAACAACCUCCUGUCAAUGUACGGCAGGUGCGGGUCUUUAGCGGACUCACAGCACCUGUUCGACACAAUGCCUCACAGAAGCGUCGUGUCUUACAACGCCUUAAUUUCUGCCUAUUCUCGUAAUCCUCGUCACGCCCAUUUGGCGUUUCCGCUGUAUGAUCAGUUGGAGAAUGACAGCCUCGUACCAAAUGGGUCGACCAUUACUAGCCUUUUGCAUGCAUCGGCCGGACUAGGUAACUUAUGGGUCGGGUCUUCGCUUCACGCCCGGUGUGUGAAAGCUGGAUUGUCGGAUAAUGUACGUGUUCAAACAUCUUUACUCGGUAUGUAUUCGAGUUGUGGUGAUGUGGUUUGUGCCAAGAAUGUCUUUGGCCACAUGAUGGAUAAAGAUGACAUUGCGUGGAACUCGAUUAUAUCUGCCUAUGUGAAGAAUGGUAGAGCACUCGAAAGUCUUGAAAUUUUCCGGAGUAUGUUAAGAAACGGGGAUAAUCCUACUCAAUUCACAUACUCAUUGGCGUUGACUGCUUGUGCCAAGUCAGAAGAUUACGAUAGUGGGAAACUCAUCCACGCCCAGGUUCUUCUAUCAGGCACGCCAAUCGAUUUGCCUCUGCAAAACUCGCUGCUCGAUAUGUACUGUAGCUGCAACGACACCCACACAGCUUAUAAUGUCUUUUUGAGGAUCAAGAAUCCCGAUUUGAUUUCUUGGAACUCAAUGAUAGGUGGGUUUUCAGAGAAUGGAGAUGCAAACAAGGCUAUGUGCAUGUUCAUUCAACUUAUGCGAAUAUCUUACUUGCAACCCGAUGAAUAUACUUUGGCAGCUGUUAUUUCCGGUACAUGUGAAUUUCCAGCUCGUUCUUACGGAAAGCCACUUCAUGCUCGAACAGAGAAAACUAGUCUCGGAGGAAAUAGUAUGCAUAUUAGGAGCUCACUUAUAUCCAUGUAUUUCAUCAAUAAUGAUCCUUUAUCCUCUCAAAAGAUUUUCGGUUCUUUUCCGAAUAAUGAUGCUGUUCUUUGGACAGACAUGAUUGCUGGGCAUGUUAGAAUCGGUGACAGCGAAAAUGCGUUGAAUUUCUUCCACGAAAUGUCUAAACAAUGUGUCAAUCUAGAUAGUUUCGCUCUUAGUAGUGCAUUAAGUGCAUGUGCCGACCUUGUUACUCUAAGACAAGGAGAGAUGAUCCAUUGUCUGGCUGUGAAAACAGGAAACGAAAAUGAAGUUUGCGUGCACAGCAGUUUAGUUGACAUGUACGCCAAAAAUGGGGAACUCGAGUCCGCCACGUGUACAUUCUCUCGCUUACCUAAGCACGAUUUGAUGUGCUGGAACUCGAUGCUCACAGGAUAUAGCCACCAUGGGAAGGCCAACGAAGCGUUUCGAAUUUUCUUCAAGAUGCUAAAGCACGGGUUUAAACCAGAUCCAGUCACUAUUCUAUCUCUUCUAUCUGUUUGCAACCACUGUGGCUUGGUGGAAAAGGGUCGAUUUUUCUGGAGUUAUAUGGAGGAGAAUUGCUUGAGGAGAGGGCCGAGGCAUUACUCGUGCAUGAUAAGUAUGUUGAGCAGAGGUGGAUUGUGGGAGGAGGCUGAGGAAAUGAUUAUGGAGUCACCUUUUGUGGAUGAUUAUUUGGAGUAUUGGAGAACGGUUUUGAGUUCGUGUAUAAAGAAUGGGGAUUUGGGAGUGGGGAUUAGAGCUGCUGACCGGAUUUCGAGGGCUGGUGUAGAAGACAGUGCUGCGAAUGUGCUGUUAUCUAAGAUAUAUGCUGCAACGGGGAGGUGGGGUGAUGUUCUUGAAACGAGGAGGAAGAUGAAGAAAUUGACGGUGGAGAAGGAGGCUGGUUUAAGCUGGGUUGAGGUUCGGAAUAAUUUUCAUGUCUUCUCUUCGAGCGAUGGAUUGUGUAUGCAGAACGGUGAAAUGCGGGCUGAGUUGGAUAAAUUGCUGGGAAAUUUGAUGCCGGUGGCGGUGGAGGAGAUCCUAGGGGUGUAAAUUGGAAAGAUUUUUUUCGAAUUUCGUUCGAUUUCGAUCGGGAUAUUUCCGGUACUGGAACAACGUUUUUUGUAUCUAAUUCCGAGAGUUUGGACUUCC